CCAUUCGAAGUUACCUACUCAUCUCGUUCUGUCUCUCAAAGAUUCAAACCCUGAAGACACUCUUUAAAUGGGAAAAUAAUCUACUCUGAUGUCUGAACUGGACACUCUCUUUAGUCUUUAGUUAGAAAGAUAGCCGGGAUUCACGUGACCACCAAAAUAGAGAAUUGUCUUGUGAAGAUAUAUACUAUAUAAAUUUUAUUCCCAUCACUUUCAACACUCUUCCUUUAUAUAAUAUGUACAUCAUGAUUCGUAUGAUUCUCGACCGGAACCAAAGAACGGAUUGGGAUUCUGUUUUUCAUUUUCUUUUUUAUUUUUUAUUUUUCAAUUUGUGAGAUGAGUAAAUUGUGGCUUUCUGGGUUACUUCUCUUGGAAUUGGCGAUUUUCAUUUGCAGUGUUGAUGGGUACCCAGUUGAGGAUUUGGUAUUGAAAUUGCCAGGUCAACCGAAGGUUGAUUUCAGGCAGUUUGCUGGGUAUGUUGAUGUGGACGAGAAGGCUGGAAGGAGCUUGUUUUACUAUUUUGUUGAAGCAGAGGGGGAACCAGAGAAGAAGCCCCUUACUCUUUGGUUGAAUGGAGGUCCGGGUUGUUCCUCAGUUGGUGGGGGUUCCUUCACAGAGUUGGGUCCAUUUUUUCCCAGAGGUGAUGGUCGGGGUCUUCAGAGAAACACAAAAUCUUGGAAUAAAGCAUCAAAUCUCCUUUUUGUUGAAUCUCCUGCUGGUGUGGGAUGGUCUUACUCAAACACGACUUCUGAUUAUACUUGUGGGGAUGCAUCCACUGCCAGAGAUAUGCACAUUUUCUUUCUUAAAUGGUUUGAGAAAUAUCCAGAGUACAAGUCCAGAGAUUUGUUUCUAACUGGAGAAAGCUACGCAGGGCAUUACAUACCACAGUUGGCUAAUGUUCUACUGGACCACAAUAAGCAUUCAAGAGGUUUCAAGUUUAACAUCAAAGGAGUAGCUAUUGGGAAUCCACUUCUCAAGCUUGACAGGGACAUCCCUGCAACCUACGAGUUCUUUUGGUCACAUGGGAUGAUAUCUGAUGAAAUUGGCCUUACCAUCACAAAUGAAUGUGAUUUUGAUGAUUAUGUUUUCAGCAGCCCCCACAAUGUGAGCCACUCAUGCAACAAAGCCAUUGCUGAGGCAAAUCAGGUGGUUGGUGAUUAUAUAAAUCCAUAUGAUGUGAUCCUUGAUGUUUGCUAUCCAUCUAUAGUGGAGCAAGAGCUGCGACUGCGAAAAUUGGCUACGAAGAUUAGCAUUGGAGUUGAUGUUUGCAUGUCCUAUGAGAGGCGUUUCUACUUCAACCUUCCAAGUGUUCAACAGGCACUUCAUGCAAACAGGACCAAAUUACCAUAUAGCUGGACAAUGUGCAGUGAUUUACUAAAUUACAGCGGAACUGAUGGUAACAUCAACAUCCUCCCAAUACUUAAAAGGAUAAUCAAGCACCAUAUACCUGUCUGGGUUUUCAGUGGGGAUCAAGAUUCUGUUGUUCCACUUCUGGGUUCCCGUACGCUUGUCCGUGAACUUGCAAGAGACCUGAACUUUAAGGUCACAGUCCCCUAUGGAGCCUGGUUUCACAAAGGACAGGUUGGAGGUUGGGCGACUGAAUAUGGGAAUUUAUUGACUUUUGCCACUGUUAGAGGUGCUGCUCAUAUGGUACCUUAUGCACAGCCAUCAAGAGCCUUGCAUCUAUUCAGUUCAUUUAUCCGUGGAAGGAGAUUGCCAAAUACAACUCAUCCAUCCAUCCUUGACUGAAAACUUACCACUCAACAAUCCCCAUGCCAGUAAUAUGGCAUGUACCUUGUUUUCUUUUAAUUUUCUAUUUCUUUUUUCUUUGUUUCUUUUGGUGGGUGCAUGGGGUGAAGAGGGUGUUGAUCAUGGGAUCUUACUGUUAUAGCAUCAGUUCAGUUCUACACUGGCUGAUAAAGCUGUAGCAUGAAACUUUAUUCAUGAUUUGAAUUCUGAAAUGGAGAAAGACCCAAUAAAUUGAUCAAGAUAAGGAUUUUUCUACUACUAUCA